UGCUUACUCAUUCACUGUCUGAGCAGUCCGCCAUAGAUGGACUCCCUGCAGAGCAGAAGCUCCUCUCGGACAGUCCUCCACGUUCCAGUCGAAAUGGCUCAAGAAAAUCGAUCUCAUGACUCCGAUCUAAGUGGAAUCAAGACACUCUUCGGUCAAGGCUACGAAACAUGGUUGAAGGAGAAGCUCCAGUUCGAAUCUCACUCCUCCUCUAGGAAAGGUGGCUCGACUCAGGCAGGAGCCUCGGCCGGGAACCAUGCUCCACCAAUCCCCAACGGACCCGGAAGCAGCAGCGGCCCGUCCGAGGCCAAACGUACCGAGACGACGUCGAAAACUCCGGGUCAUGAGAUUCGUGGGUUCAAGAACGAGAUCCUGUCGUUGAAGAGCUUCUUACUGAAUCAGAAGGACUCGGAUGAGUUCAAGACGCUCGCUGUCGUGGGGAGAUACGGCGUCGGGAAGACAGCUUUGUGCCAGAAGAUUUUCAACGAUGAGUCCGUCAAGAACGCUUACGUCCCGAGGAUAUGGGUUUCUAUGUACAGAGACGGCGAAAAAGAGGACAGUGGCCAGAAGAUAGCCGCCGUGAAGAGACUCUUGGAGAGUCUCGGGGUCGAGGGAGAGAUUCUUGAACGUGUCAGAGAGGAUGCGGCAGGAAAGGGUCGUGAUCGAGACGAGGAACUGGCGAGGCUUUUGUACCUACUCUACCUGAGUCUAUGGGGGAAGAAGUAUCUGAUAGUGCUGGACGAUGUCCGGGAAGAAGACGAGUGGGAGGAGAGACUGGGCGAAGACGAGAUUCCGGAAGGAAACGAAUGGGGGAAGCAUCUCUCGUGCGGAUUCCCAAAAGGGUCGGGAGGAAGGGUGAUAAUGACGAGCCGGGAAGAGGAGUUGGCGAAGAAGAUGGCCGGGGAAGAACAUGGAUUGCAUCGUAUAUACCCGAUUUCAGAUCCGGCGAUCGUGUACGACAUAUACAAGGACGCGGCCAAGGAGAAUAGCAUCGAUGUGAAUCCGAGGAAUGAGAGGAAGUACAUACGGGAUGUCAUGAACAAGUCGUGUGGUAUUCCUUUGGCUGCAAGAAUGCUGGGAAAGAAUCAGCCCGUCGAAGAACACACUCAAGAAGAAGAUUCCGACAGCAACCAAACCCAGUAGAAACCAGAAGAUGGUGGCAUCUGAUGAGCAAGAACAAGUCUGAUCAUUGUUAUGAGGGAGAUAGAGGGCUUGUUCUUAGAUUUCAUUUGUUGUCGAUCUUGAUUUAACUUUUAUGUGAUUUUGAUUUAUUUUUUUCGUGUUUAAUUACCGAAUCAAGAACGAUAACUCCACAACGUUGGCUAAUUAUAUGAUUUCCUCAAAGUAAUUAUUAAACUUAACA